AUGGCUUCUUCGUCGACGCCCAUCACCCCUUUGCUCUACUCGUGCAUAGCGCACAACAACACGAUCCUCUCCGAAUGCACGACGUCGGCCUCGUCGCAGACCUCCUCCCUCGCCUCCCUCAUCCUUCCCAAGAUCGAGCACAGCAGCCCCCAGAAGCUGACCUACACCCACGGCUCCCACCACAUCCACUACAUCGCCGAGGCCCCCUCCGACCACCCGGACCACCCCUCCGCCGGCGGGCUCACCUUCCUCGUCAUCGCCGACGCCUCCCUCGGCCGCCGCAUCCCCUUCGGCUUCCUCUUCGAGAUCCGCCGCCGCUUCCUCGAGCAGUUCCCGGCCGACUCCACCGACUAUGCCGAGCUGCCCAACUACGGCGCCGCCAGCUACAACGGCCAGCUCAAGAAGUUCAUGGUCGACUACGGCACCACCUCGGGCGGCAAGGACGACGCCAUCUCCAACGUCCAGCGCGAGAUCGACGAUGUCAGGGGCAUCAUGACCCGCAACAUCGAGGGCCUGCUCGAGCGCGGCGAGCGCAUCGACCUGCUCGUCGACAAGACGGACCGCCUCGGCGGCAGCGCGCGCGAGUUCCGCGUGCGCAGCCGCGGCCUCAAGAGGAAGAUGUGGUGGAAGAACGUCAAGCUGAUGGCGCUGCUCGCACUGGUCGUCAUCCUCAUCGUCAUGGCGAUUGUCAUUGCGACAUACCCGUGCGCCACCGGACUCAUCCCCAUCCCGGGGCUCAGAACUAAUGGCGGCCGCCGCAGCUUCUCAGUGAAAAAGACGGGAUGCCUGACGGACGCGUUGUGCUGCGCUGGUGGCUGGAGAUGCAGCAGCGCUGGCGGAGGCAGCAGCCGCGAUAUCGUUGCGGUGUGGUUCGUCAUGGCUGGCGGCGUGGCAGAGUUCGACAUGCUCCGCAAAUCAUGUGUGUAA